AUGUCAUUGCUCCCUCCAGAAGUUCACUCCGCGCUCUCGCAGCUGCUGCGCGCCUUGACCACCGCCGAUAAUGAAGUCAGAUCCCAGGCAGAAGAUCAGUUGAACAAUGACUGGAUCCAGAACAGGCCUGAUGUCUUGUUAAUGGGCUUGGUGGAACAGCUCCAGGGUGCAGAGGAGGCCUCGACUCGUUCCUUCGCUGCAGUGCUCUUUCGGAAAAUAGCCAGCCGGACCAAGAAAGACCCCGUGACAAAUGAAACCAAGGAGCUAUUUUCCCUCCUCAAUGCGGAACAGAGAUUGAUCAUCCGGCAAAAGCUUGUGACGUGCUUGACCGGAGAAUCCUUGACCGACGUCCGGAAGAAGAUCGGAGACGCUGUGGCUGAAAUCGCCAGACAAUACACCGAUGGUGGAGACCAAUGGCCUGAGCUUCUGGGGAUUCUUUUCCAGGCCAGUCAUUCCCCCGAAUCUGGCCUGCGAGAGGCAGCUUUCCGGAUCUUCUCCACGACCCCUGGCAUUAUUGAGAAGCAACACGAGGAUGCCGUUCUCGGUGUCUUCUCCGAAGGGUUCAAAGAUGAGAACAUUGCUGUUCGAAUCGCUGCCAUGGAGGCAUUUGCUUCGUUCUUCCGUUCUAUCCCAAAGAAGUCCCAGUCGAAGUUCUUCGGUUUAAUGCCUGACAUCCUCAAUAUCCUGCCUCCGUUGAAGGAGGCGUCUGAAAGCGACGAGCUUUCGUCUGCCUUCAUGGCCCUCGUCGAGUUGGCUGAGAUUUCACCGAAAAUGUUCAAGAGUUUGUUCAACCACCUAGUGAAAUUCAGCAUCAGCGUUAUUUCCGAUAAGGAACUCAGCGACCAGGUCCGGCAAAACGCUCUGGAGCUCAUGGCUACUUUUGCCGACUAUGCUCCCAAUAUGUGCAAGAAGGACCCGGUCUAUGCUCAGGACAUGGUCACCCAGUGCCUAAGCUUGAUGACCGACAUUGGGAUUGAUGAUGACGAUGCUUCGGAGUGGAAUGCAUCGGAAGAUCUUGAUCUUGAAGAAAGCGAUCUCAAUCAUGUCGCAGGUGAACAGUGCAUGGAUCGUUUGGCCAACAAGCUCGGAGGUCAGGUUAUUCUGCCAGCCACUUUCGCCUGGAUCCCACGCAUGAUGUCUUCGUCAGCUUGGCGUGACCGCCAUGCGGCCCUCAUGGCUAUUUCUGCCAUCUCUGAAGGCUGCCGCGAUCUGAUGAUCAACGAACUCGACCAGGUCUUGGCACUGGUUGUGCCUGCUCUUCAGGAUCCCCACCCGCGUGUUCGCUACGCUGGCUGCAACGCUCUCGGUCAAAUGAGCACCGACUUUGCUGGAACGAUGCAAGAGAAAUACCACGCCGCUGUUCUCAAUAACAUUAUCCCCGUUCUGGACUCUGCCGAGCCCCGUGUCCAGGCCCAUGCUGCUGCCGCUCUCGUCAACUUCUGCGAGGAGGCUGAGCGGAAGAUUCUCGAGCCAUACCUUGAACAGCUCCUCCGGCAUCUCCUCCAACUCCUGCGUAGCCCUCACCGCUAUGUUCAGGAGCAGGCUCUUUCUACUAUUGCUACCAUUGCCGACUCCGCUGAGACUGCCUUUGGCCAAUAUUACGAGACCCUCAUGCCCUUGUUGUUCAAUGUCUUGAAGGAGGAGCAAUCCAAGGAAUACCGGCUUCUGCGCGCCAAGGCCAUGGAAUGUGCUACACUGAUUGCCCUAGCCGUUGGCAAGGAGAAGAUGGGACAAGAUGCCCUCAACCUAGUCCAGCUUUUGGGUAACAUCCAACAGAACAUCACCGAUGCGGAUGAUCCGCAGUCUCAGUACCUCCUGCACUGCUGGGGUCGCAUGUGCCGAGUUCUCGGCCAGGAUUUCGUGCCCUACUUGCCCGGUGUCAUGCCUCCCCUUCUCGCUGUCGCAGCCGCCAAGGCUGACAUCCAGCUGUUAGAUGAUGAGGACCAGAUCGACCAGGUUGAGCAGGAUGAAGGUUGGGAACUGGUCCCGCUCAAGGGCAAGAUCAUCGGCAUCAAGACCAGUGCCCUCGAGGACAAGAACACCGCGAUAGAGCUUAUCACCAUCUAUGCUCAGAUUCUCGAAGCUGCUUUCGAGCCUUAUGUUCUGGAGACUAUGGAGAAGAUUGCUGUUCCCGGACUGGCAUUUUUCUUCCACGACCCUGUCCGUGUCUCCUCUGCGAAGCUGAUCCCCCAGCUCUUGAACUCGUACAAGAAGGCCCACGGCGAGCAGUCUCCGGGAUUCGCCGACAUGUGGAAUAAGGUCGCCGAGAAGAUCGUUGAAGUUCUGAGCGCUGAGCCGACUGUUGAUACUCUGGCAGAGAUGUACCAGUGUUUUUAUGAGUCUGUGGAGGUUGUUGGAAAGAAUUGUCUGAGCCAGGAGCACAUGCAGGCCUUCAUUGAAUCAUCGAAGUCUACUCUGGAGGACUAUCAAACCCGGGUGAAACUUCGCCUGGAAGAAAAGGCAGAGACUGAUGACGCGGAUGAAGAGAAUCUCGACUAUGAAUAUGCCGUGGAAGAUGACCAGAACCUGCUCAGUGACAUGAACAAGGCUUUCCACACCAUUUUCAAGAACCAGGGCACUUCAUUCUUACCCGCGUGGCAACGCCUUCUCCCAUUUUAUGACGCCUUCAUCACAAGUUCAGACCCCACUCAGCGCCAGUGGGCUCUGUGCAUCAUGGAUGACGUGCUGGAGUUCUGUGGGGAUCAGUCCUGGAACUACAAGGACCAUAUCAUGCAGCCUCUGGCCGCCGGUUUACAAGAUGAGAAUGCCGCCAACCGCCAAGCUGCAGCCUACGGUGUCGGUGUCGCUGCCCAGAAGGGCGGUGCUCUCUGGAGCGAUUUUGUCGCGGCCAGUAUCCCCAGUCUCUUCCAAGUGACUCAGCACUCGCAGUCUCGAACUGAGGAAAAUGUCUUUGCCACUGAGAACGCGUCGGCCAGUAUCGCCAAGAUUCUUCACUACAACUCUUCCAAGGUCCAGAAUGCGCAAGAGAUUGUUUCGAACUGGAUUACUACUCUUCCCAUCACUUAUGAUGAGGAAGCAGCUCCAUAUGCAUACUCUUUCAUUGCUCAGCUGAUUGACCAGCAAAACCCUGCUGUCAUUUCAAAUGCCGUCAAGGUUUUCGGUUAUAUCGUUCAGGCCCUCGAAGCCGAGACUCUUCAAGGGCAGACCGCUGUCCGAGUUGCAAAUUCGGCAAAACAGCUUGUUGCUGCCACAGGUAUCAAUGCUGAUCAGAUCCUUGCCGGCGUCAACCCGGACAACCAGGCGGCCAUUCGGAGUUACUUCCAGUAG